UCCAGCUGAUUUCUUUCAAGGAAAGCUGGACCUCCUCUAGCUGCCGCUUGAACUUCCCCUCACCCGCCCGGGCACCCCACUAUCCUUAUUCAGCAUGCCCCGGACUUCUGAACGUCAAUCAUUAGUCCGGGAUCUCUUCUUUAUGUAUAUGGUUGCUCUUGGUGAUGAACUAGAUCAGAGGAUAUUGUCUCUUUCUCGGAAUCGCCAUCAUUUCAUUCCGGGGGAGUCUUCAAUCUACGGACGACCUGUGCAUCAGCGGGAUGUUUUCGAUUACCUUAUGAGCGAUUUGGAUGAUCUCUCGGACCUUCUGCAGGUUGUUCUCUCCCACCGGUACCUCCAACCUCGUGCUCGUCCAAUCCCGCGUGAAGAAUUCGACAUUGCAAGAUUGUUCCAGAUUCCGGAUGACGAAUUUAAACAAACUGUUCGCACAUCAAAGGAGGGCUUCAGGUUGCUCCUUGACGAAAUCUCAUCCGACCCCAUAUUCCAAAGCACCGGACCCCGACCACAACUUCCAAUUGCACAUCAACUGGCCUUGACACUGGAGAGGCUUGGAUCCGCCGGAAGUAGCGCAUCGGUUGCCCGUUUCUCACGUGAUCUGAAUGUCGGUCGAGGCACAGUGAUCAAAGUGACUCGUCGUGUGAUUCGGGCAAUCACAAACCUCGGCAAGAAAUAUGUCCAAUGGCCAAGUGCCGAUCGUCGAUUAGAGAUCUCUGAUGUCAUGACAAACGAGGGCUUCGAAGGUUGUGUUGGGUUUGUGGGUGGCACUACUUUCCCGGUCUACCAACGGAAACGCGACUCGAUGAAAGCUCAGGUCAUUUGCGAUUGCGACAAAAACAUUAUCGCAUUCAUCACUGUAUGGCCUGAUUCUUGUGCUGAUAGCUCUAUCCUCAAGAGGAUGGAAUUAUGCAAGAACCCCAAUAAAUUCUUCUCGAAAGGUCAAUACCUUCUUGCAAGUUCGACUUAUCAACUCAGCCAAACCGUCAUCCCAGCGUACAAAGCACCAGCGGCUAAAGUCACGGAAAAUUCACGCUUCAACGAUUGUGUGACCCAGGCUCGAGCUCGGAACGAGGAGACGAUCGGAAUGUUAAAAAAUAGGUUUUGUUCUCUCAAAGAGAUCCGAUUACAACAUACGAAUGGCAACCGAGACAUGACACACUACGUUCAAUGGGUGUAUACAUGUGUAAUCCUUCAUAACAUGCUUGCUAAAACCGGCGACUCUUGGGAAGAUACCAUGCAAACUGAUCCCCAUGUGGGUACUACAGCUGUCAGCUCUGGUCUCUUAUGUGACCUAGAGUUGAUGGGUUUUGGUCACACUUUAGCCAAGAAGGGCCAGUGGAAUUGA